AUGUUCAACGAGGUGGCUGUUUCGGCAUCGGCGACCGAUUCGACUAUAUACGUAUGGGACAUACGAUCAGGAUCGACCUUAUUUUCUUUCAAGCAGUCAAUGAGUGGCAAGGGGUGUCUCAGCCUUGUACCAAGACCCAACGCAUGUUCACAGAUCGGCGCGAUCCUCAGUGCUCAAAACGAUCGUGCUGUUCUCAACGUUUACCAAUGGCAUCGCGACCAAAUUAUGCACAAAAUGCCUACUCCAGAACGACUCGUGAGCGUGGCGACGUCUCAUCGUGGUACGCUGGUGGCAGGAGGCACUGCAAGUGGACGUGUCUAUCUCUGGCAGGUUGCUACGGGCAUGCUCCUCAAAGUAUUUGAAGCCCAUUUUCGACGUAUCACACGAUUGGCAUUCAGUGGCGACGACCUAACAUUGUUGACAACGAGUGAAGAUGCUGGUGUACAUGUAUGGCUUAUUGGACAACUUUUGGAACAUGAUGUGGAUCAAGGACGACCAGCACCCUUAUUCUCAUGGUCAGAUCAUACAUUGCCUGUCACUGAUAUCGCUGUUGGUAUGGGUACGAUGUCUACAGCACGCGUGUACACUUCCAGCAAUGAUAGCACGGUCAAGAUGUGGGAUCUUGGAACUGGUGAAUUGUUGACCACCUUUUUGUUUCCCAAACCGGUCUCAACAGUCAUUGUCGAUCCAUCCGAGACAAAACUUUUUGUUGCAUGCGAGAAUGUGAUUUAUCCUGUGGAGCUUUAUCGACGUCGAUAUGAUCAAGCCUAUGGUGGUGAUGUGAUUGAAAGUACAGGUGGCAUGGCAAAGGUGGAAACGAUUGGUAUCCGACAAGUCGACUCUACUUCAAAAGAGGAUCAAGAUGAUAUAUCAACGGCACCCAUGUUUAGUGGACACUCUGGCACGGUGAAUUCAAUGACGCUCUCAUUUGAUGCGACUUUGUUGAUAUCAGCUUCAGAAGAUGGCGACUGUAUCGUGUGGGAUGUCAACAGCAGACAACCAUUGCGAAAGUUUGAGUCACACAAGGGCCCUGUUACCCAAGUAUCAUGCAUUUUACGCCCCAACGAACUUGUGACAGGAAGCAACAGUAUCAAAGAUAUGGUACCCAUGCCAUGGAAAACUUUCAAGCGUACUAUUUCUACCGAAGCAGAGGAGCAACGAGCGGAAACGUUACAAAUGGUGCCAGAUACCACAAUGGAUAUGAAGAGACAUCAACAACUCGAAUCCGAUGGACCUCUCUAUUCUUCGAUUGCGUCAAGCUUACAGGACGUAAAAAAUGCUAAGAAUGCUAUACAAGCGAUGCAGACACAAGAUGGUGCUGGCGCAUUACAAGCACGAGUUUCUACAUUAGAAGAAGAGCUUACACGUUUAUACAAGCAUCACAAUAAGGUUAAAUCCUUGCAUGAUAAUUUAUAUGGAACCAUGGUGGAUCAAUUUAUGGCUAAGCGUCGGAAAGUGACAUCCCCCAAUCAAUAA